ACGGAAGUCAAGCACAACUUCGGUUCCCAAAGGAACGCAGGUACACGCGGAGCGAGCGAUGCAGACAUCAGGCUGAACUAGCUGAUGAUGGAUCUGGCUGCAAUGGCGUCUGAAUUAGCUGAUGGAUGCUCUGAUUGGGUGUUUGGAAGCGCCUGUUUCCAGUUUCGCUUUCCUUUAGCCUAGGUCUGUCACAAAAGUCGAUUUUCAGAUGUCCCUAAGAUCUAAGAAUCUCAGCUUUCCACGGGACCUGGAAGCCGACAGUAUCCAAGCAGACAUGUUGUCUUUGAAGCACUCCAUUAUACAGGGGAUCCAACAACUGUAUCAGACUCAACAGCUCUGUGAUGUCACUCUAGUGGCUGAAGGAAGAAUGUUUCCUUGUCACAGGCCAGUCCUGGCUUCUGUCAGCUUCUACUUCCGGCGCAUGUUUGCAAGCUCCUUCAAAGAAUCCCAGGAACAGGAAAUCGUGCUCAAGGAGCUCUCUCAUUCGUCCCUCCAGACCCUCCUGGAUUACAUCUACACAGGAGAACUAGUUCUCACUUCAGAACUGGCCGAAGAGCUGUUCACAGCAGCCAGCAGGCUUCAGGUCAUGCCCGCACUGCAAAUUAUCAGCAGGUAACAGAGAUCAGGGUUUGGUGCACUAAAAGGUGCAUCUCUGAAAAAUGCGCAGUCAAGAAGCUCCUCGUCCAAAUUUCUCCAGGCUUUUGAAGUUCCAUAUUUCUUAUGCUGAAUCCACAUAGUGAGAUUCAGUAUAAGAAAUAUGCUCCAUUAUGUGACCAGGCCAUGACUGCAUCCUUUUUGUGUGAUGUUUGACUCUCACACAAAAAGGAUGCAGUCGUAGCCUGGUCACAAAACGGAGCAUAUUGGAAUUGGACUCUCGGUGCUCAGCAGUACAUGUGUGUAUCAGUGAAAUGCCACACAAACAGAAUCUUGAUGUAUGUGGUCAUACACAGGUCACACUGAUACACUGCAGGGUUUUAUGAGAAUACAUGUUCAGACUGAUAACAUCAAUGUGGGAAAAUACAAAUAACUGGAACUGCCGACCCCAGCAUACUGUUAGUGCUCCAUGUUCACAUUUAAUUUUUUUUUUUUAAAAAAGCACCAAAAAUUGGAACAAUAAAAGGAAAAGAAUGCGGGAAAUUCUUUGAUCCCUCAUCCUUGCUCACUAGUGUGGCAGAAUAUUGCAAAAUAACGAGGAAUUUAUGCAUAAGUUUAAUAGAUUGCAGAGCAUUGUUUGUCUCAGUGCAGGAUUCAGAAAUCUGGAUGUAGAAUAUUUGUGUUUGGCUUGCAUGGAAUACCCAUAGCUCUGCCCAUGAAUGGGAGCUGUAUAAGGCACAGACAGAGAAUGACAGAAGAUACAGAGAUGAAAACUGGUGUGCCCACUCCCUGGAAUGGCCUACCAGAGCAGGUGAAGAGGGUGCCUUCCUUUGUUGCAUCUAGGAAACCAUGCAAGGCAGUCCUCGAAAACAUUUGGUGGAGGGUGAAUUUUCCCAGUGAAUCCAGCUCUGCAUUUGCUAAUUCUGUGUAUUUUAAUUCUUUCAUGUGUAUUACAUUUAAUGUGCGAUUGCAAUAAAAAAGGCCAACGCCA